AUGCCUCGUUGCGGUCUCACCGUCGACUCCCUAAACCCAAAGGUGUUGGCGCUCGCGGAUCACCUCGGCGACGACGCCAUUGCCCGCCGCGCGCAGUGUAUCCAAAAUGAGAUAGAAACAAAACCGGGGUCACACCCUUUCGACGAGAUAAUCUAUUGCAGCCUCAGCAAUCCACAAUCCAUGGGACAGCAGCCAAACAAGUUUUUUCGAGAGGUUCUUGCCUUGUGCAACUAUCCCCAUCUUCUAGAACAGAGUGAAACUAAUUCCUUGUUCAGCUCUGAUGCAAUAGCAAGGGCACGGGAGAUUCUAGACCUCUUUCCUGGGAGAGCAACAGGAGGAUAUAGUCACUGUCAGGGUAUUGAAGGACUGCGCGAUAUAAUCGCUGCUGGAAUAGCCUCUCGAGAUAAUUUCCCAUGUAACGCAGAGGACAUUUUCCUGACAGAUGGAGCAGCUCCACCGGUACACAUGAUGAUGCAUCUACUGAUACGGGAUCAAAAAGAUGGUAUCCUCUGCCCAAUUCCAUCACAUUCCUUGUACACAAGUUAUAUGGUUCUCCAGGGCGCUACUCUUGUGCCAUAUUACCUUGACGAAUCCAGAGGCUGGGGAGUGAGCAUGUCAGAUCUGAAGAAGCAGCUGGAUGGUGCCCGAUCAAUGGGUGUCGUUGUGAGGGGACUUGUGGUUAUAAAUCCAGGCAACCCUACUGGACAUGUACUUGUGGAGGAAAAUCAGCGUGAAAUUGUGGAUUUCUGUAGGAAUGAAGACCUUGUCCUUCUAGCAGAUGAGGUUUAUCAAGAAAAUAUUUACACAGAUGAAAAGAAAUUUCACUCUUUCAAGAAGAUAGCACGGUCCAUGGGGUACGGCGAAGGAGACAUAUCUUUAGUGUCCUUCCAUUCGGUUUCUAAUGGAUAUUAUGGUGAAUGUGGGAGAAGGGGAGGCUACAUGGAAGUCACUGGCUUUAAUUCUGAAGUAAAGAAACAAGUGUACAAAGUUGCAUCCCUAAGCUCAUGCUCCAACAUCUCUGGCCAGAUCCUCAUGAGCCUAGUCAUGAACCCACCACGGGUUGGAGAUGAGUCAUACACCGCUUAUCAGGCAGAAAGAGAUAGCAUCCUGUCAUCUUUUGCUCGCUGUGCAGAGGCCAUGGUAUGCACAUUUAACCGGCUGGAAGGGGUAACUUGUAGCAAGGCUGAAGGAGCAAUGUUUGUAUUCCCUUCAGUUCGUCUUCCAAAGAAGGCAAUUGCAGCUGCUGAGGAAAGUAACACGCAGCCAGAUGCCUUCUAUGCUCUCCGCCUUCUUGAAACCACAGGGAUUGUUGUUGUGCCUGGUUCUGUUUUUGGACAAAUACAUGGCACAUGGCAUUUCAGAUGCACAGUCCUGCCACAGGAAGAGAAGUUACCACUAAUCAUCUCCCGUUUUAUGGCGUUUCAUGAAGUGUUCAUGGAAGAAUUUCGCGACUAA